AAAAAAUAAAUAAAUCAAUUUUUUCGCCCAAAAAAAUUAUUAAUACCAAAAUAAUAAAAGAAUCCACAAAAAUGUCUACAAAAACGGAAGAUAAUAAUCAAAAUGGUUGGGAUCUGGAUGAUGACAAUGACUGGGAUGAUUGGGGUGAUGCCGAAGACAAUCUGACUGGAGAGACACAAACAACUGCAGCAGAAUGUAACAAUGGAUCAUCAUCGGCAAACAAUAAAACGAAACCCGAAAAUAAUAACACUGUAUUAAAAACAAAGCAAGCAGCAACAGAAAAUAAUAAUUUCACCAGUGAAGCUUCCACACAAGCACAGCAGCAGCAACAAAUACAAAAUAAACCUCAACAUUCUUCUGGUUGGGGAAGUUUAUUUGGAGGCGUAGUAUCUUCAGUUCUAAGUACGGCCACAGAAUUGACCAGUACGGUAUCACAUGGCUUGGAUAAAGUUAUUGGUGUUCCAGAUCCCGCUGAAUUGGCCCGUAUCAAUAAUAUAGAAGAAGCUAAAGCUAAAACACAAGAACAAUUGCAGGAACACCAAAAAGAGGACAGAUCUUUAACUCCCACAAAUGCCGCUCCAGUUUUUGGUUUAGGUCUAGUGAAUAAUGUUACCUCUUUGGGUAGCAAGGUUUUAAAUACCGGUCUGGAUACUUUAGAAGGUAUUGGCAAGAAAACCAUGAAUAUUUUGCAAGAUAAUGAUCCAUUGUUAAAGAAUAAAAUCAAGAAACUGGGUUUGGAGCAAGACAAGCCCAAUCUAAGUGAGGUGCUUAAAGAGGCCAAAAAGGAAAACGAACAAUUGGAACAGUCAUUAAAAGAGCUGAGUAUUGAAAAAUCCAAAGCCCUGUUAAGAUUUGAUUUAUUAUUCGAAAACAACUGUGGUCUAGUGCACUUGGAAGCCUUGGAAAUAUUAUCCAAUGAAUCACAGCUUAAACUGCAGGCCCUAAAAGAAUCAGUUUCAGGCAAAGCCUUGGAAGAUCUAAUGGAAACCAUUAAUGAGGUUAAAGAGCUCAUGGAGUUGGAGGAUUUGGAGGGUGAGAAUGAGAAUGAAGACUACGAUAAAGAAGAGUUAAAUGACAAUCUUAAGCAGGCCAUAGAAGACACCGAACUACAAAUACAAUUUGAGGAAAUAACCAACUUAUGGUCGGCUUGCACCACUUGGCUGGCAGCAGAGGAAAUUAAUGAUUUAGAUGCCCAGGCAAUGUUUGCCAAAGGCAUCACCUCUUUGGCCGAAACUUGUGCUUUGGAAAUGUUAAAACUACACAAAAUUGCUGAACUUUUGCUGGUCAAAGAACAUCAUAGCACAGCCAAUGAAGUGGACGGCAUUGUACAAUUGUGCAAACACUUCAAUAUGCAUCUGCAAACUGUGGCAAAUCGUUUUGCGGGGCAACUCACCAAGCACCCGGAACAACAGGAAGCCAAGUCUCAUAUUAACACCUUGUUUGCGGAAAUGGUACAGGCCCGUCAGCAAAUUGAAAAAGCUUUCCAAUUAUUUUUACCCAUACUACAAAUAGGAGCGGUUUAAAUGCUUGAAAUUUAUAUUUAAUUUUAUUUUUAGCUUAAAAUUGCUGAAAUUGUAUUCCAAAAGAAAAAUGUAAAAGUAAAACAAAAUUCUUCACUUCUUAAGUUAAUGUUAGUUUUUUUUAUAAUAAUUGUUGUUUAUUUUUCAAUAGAAAUAGUUGCAAAAUUUAUGUUAUGUGUAAAACUAAAUAAACGAAUAACAGUAAAUAUUUUCCUUAAAA